AUGUAAACCACUUCAAUUCAAUUCUGCUUUUUCCUUUAUCAGAUACAAGGAACCAUUUUUCCUGCUCCGAAUUUUAACCCUAUUAUGGAUGCCCAGUUGCUAGGUGGAGCCCUACAGGGAAUUAGUUGUGAAAAAGAUGUGUUGAUUGAUAUCCUAACGCAGCGCUGCAAUUCACAGCGGCUUCUGAUUGCCGAGGCAUACAGAGACAUGUACGGCAGGGAUCUGGUAACAGACCUAAAGGAGAAUCUCUCUCAUCACUUCAAAGAAGUCAUGGUUGGCUUGAUGUAUCCACCUGCCUCCUAUGAUGCCCACGAGCUCUGGCAUGCCUUGAAGGGAGUAGACACAGAAGAAAACUGUCUAAUUGACAUAUUAGCCUCAAGAACAAAUAUGGAGAUCUUCCAGAUGAAAGAAGCCUACUUAAUGCAAUAUAACAAUGACCUGCAACAAGAUAUUGAUUCUGAGACUUCAGGUCACUUCAGAGAUACGCUCAUGAACCUUGCUCAGGGAACAAGGAUGGAAGGAUAUGCAGAUCCUUCUACAGCUGCUCAGGAUGCAAUGAUUCUAUGGGAAGCAUGUCAGCAGAAAACAGGCGAACACAAAAACAUGCUGCAAAUGAUUCUCUGCAACAAGAGUUACCAGCAGUUGUGGAUGGUUUUCCAGGAAUUCCAAAAUAUCUCCGGGCAAGACAUAGUAGAUGCCAUUAAUGAAUGUUAUGACGGAUACUUUCAAGAAUUACUAGUUGCAAUAGUUCUCUGUGUUCGUGACAAGCCCUCUUACUUUGCUUACAGGCUUUAUAAUGCAAUUCAUGACUUUGGGUUUCACAAUAAAACAGUCAUAAGGAUUCUCAUUGCCAGGAGUGAGAUUGACUUGAUGAAUAUACGACAGCGAUAUAAAGAGAGAUAUGGGAAAUCACUCUUUCAUGAUAUCAAACAUUUUGCUUCAGGGCAUUAUGAGAGUGCUUUACUUGCUAUCUGUGCUGGUGAUGUUGAAGAUUAUUAA